GCGGUGCCGCCGCUCACGUGCCGUUUGCAGCUCUGGGCCGGCUUCGAGCGAUUGCGGAGCGACGAGGAUCUUCGGAAGUACCGCGACCCUCUUCGCGGCCGAGUUGACCUUGUGGCCAAGGUUGGUCCAGGUGGACCCGAAGAGUCCCGACUGCCAAGGGACGGAGUCCCGGGCUUGGUCUCCUCCAAAACGGACACAGCAAUGGGUCGCCUAAGCAGGCGAGAUCCGGCCGAGUCCGACUGCGCAAGCGCCGACAUCCGGCCCUUUCUUCUUCUAGAAGAGGUCUUUCUGGCGCUGCUCUCCCUAGUGGAUGGGAGCCGCUUCAAGAGGUCCAGCUCUCUGCGCGUCAAACCUGCAGGCCCUUUGCUCGAGGACUUGGCAUUGUCUGCUGACGGGCCCGCUGACAAAGCCAAGAAGGAGACCGAUGAUUCCGCAGUAAAGACCACGGCAUCGUCCGACAAGGACAAGGAAUCCAAAGCUGAGAAGAUCGCUGAGCCUGCAAGCAAGGAGCAAUCUUCUGCAGACAAGCCAUCCGAGAAGUCGGGCGAGGAAACUGCAAAGAAGGAGGCGACAAGCAAGGACAAGACACCGGUCACCAAGCAGGACCUCCAGAAGGACGCGGCGGCGACCAAGGAGAAACCGGAAGCCGCCAAGAAGGAAGUAGAGACGGCAAAGGAUGAGGCCAAAGAGAAAGCAAAGACGUCCGAAGAAGAGUCGGAAGUUGCCAAGGAGAAAGCGGAUGUGAAGUCCGAGAAGGCAGACGCCAAGAAGGAAGUAGAGACGGCAAAGGAUGAGACCAAAGAGAAAGCAGAGACGUCCGAAAAAGAGUCGGAAGUUGCCAAAGAGAAAGCGGAUGCGAAGUCCGAGAAAGCAGACACUGCCAAGGAAAAAGAAGAGAAGACGGAUGAAACCGAGGAGAAAGCACCAGCAGCGGUACCUGCAGCUGCGCCGGCAGCAUCACCAGCAGCAGCACCAGUUGCCGACAAGAAAGAGAAGGACAAAACGAAGGAAUCCGCCGAUAGCAAGAGCCAGGGCACCACAACCAGCACAACGCUGUCCGUCUACGAUGCCCCCAAUGUCCAGAAGGCCACCACCACCAUUGGCCCCGUCGACAAUGAGACUUUGAGCGCCUACAUGAAGGAGUGUGCGCAGCAGCUCAAGGCCAUUGUCAAGAAGGCAGAGUCCUACUACACACACGAGCAGCUGGUAAUCGCGCUUCGUCAAGAGUGUGACCUGGACAAGGAGUUCCCCACCGUGCGCAAGGUAUUUUUCGACCAUCGCCGGGACUGUCGCAAGUUCGCGGAGGACCUUGGUGCUGCUCGCGAGGCAGAACUGAAGGGCGAUGCUAACGCCUAUAGCGAGUGCUGCUGGACCGCAUGGCAUGAGAAAUCGCAGGCAGUCGGCACGCCUCUGGCCUCUGCAUUGCUGGUGCUGCUGUUGGCCUGGAUGAUGUGA